CGAAUCUCACUCUCGCUCUGUCUCUCUCCAAUAGUGACGGAGGAGUGUUGAACAGAAAACUGAAGAGAACUGAGCUCGGAAACUGGAAGACUCUUCCUUUUAGAGAGAGACAGAUUGAUUUGCAAUGACGGUAGCUGCGGGAAUCGGUUACGCACUGAUAGCUCUAGGACCUUCUCUCUCCAUCUUCGUUUCCGUCAUUUCCAAAAAGCCCUUCUUGAUUCUCACUGUUCUCUCCAGUACACUGUUGUGGCUUAUGAGUUUGAUUGCACUGUCUGGAAUAUGGAGAGGUUUUCUGCCACUCAAAACUACUUCAUGGUGGCCAUAUGCUAUACUUAUACUCUCAUCCAUUGCUUUUCAAGAAGUCCUUCGCCUUCUCUUCUGGAAAAUUUACAAGAGGUUGGAAGAUACUUUAGAUGCUUUUGCUGAUAGAGUAGCGAAACCACAUUUGUUCCUGACAGAUAAGAUGCUGAUAGCGCUUGCUGGUGGUUUGGGUCAUGGUGUCGCGCAUGCUGUGUUCUUCUGCAUCAGCGUAUUGACUCCUGCUUUUGGUCCUGCUACUUAUUUUGUCGACCAAUGCUCGAAGGUUCCAUUUUUCCUUCUUUCUGCCCUUAUUGCUCUUGCAUUCGUCACAAUCCAUACUUUCUCGAUGGUCAUCGCAUUUAAUGGGUAUGCUGAGGGGAACAAAGUGGACGAGUAUUUUGUUCCCAUUGUUCACGUGGUUGCAGGAGUUCUGACUCUGAUAAAUUUGGCUCCUGGGGGUUGCACUGUUGGCAUUCCUCUCCUUUACAUCGUUGCGAUCUUGACAUUGUUUCACUGUGGGAGGAUGGUUUGGAGAAGAUUAUUGACAGAAAAUAGAAUAAGUCUCAAUCACUCAUAGUCAUGAUAAUCUUUGUUAAGAAGUCUCGUCUAAUGUCUAUAGUUGCUUAAGUCCUCACUACUCACCAUUUUGGUUGAAAUACUUAUGAGGCCACUUAGUUAUAUUGAAAUGGAAAGUGUUUACUUGAAUCUAAGUUCUCAUUUUCUAGUUUCAUUCAUCUUCAGUGGGGUCGAUCAUGUAGGUUUACUUGAGCCCUAGUCAUUUAUGAUUGAAGAAACAAACAGAUCUGGUUGCUUCAUGAAGUAUAGAUUCUUUCACAAA